AUGUCUGCCACCACAUCUGAGAGCCGCAAGCGCAAGGUCGAAGACUCUGACUCGGGAGCCGAGUCUGGCUCUGACUCUGGCUCUGAGGAGCUCGACAUUGUCGACGUCGACUUUGACUUUUGCGAUCCUUCGGCCGGAGACUUUUGGGCAGUCAAGCUCUCGCUGGCUCACUACAUCGAGGCAGAAGAGUACGACGCUGGUUCUGUGGCCGAUCUGGUGUGCGCGCAGCACGGAAUUGGGUCGGUGGUCAAGGCCAACGGGCAGGUUGUGGGCUACAUCUCGGCGGUUAACCUUCACCAGGACGGUGUGCCGGGCCUCGAGUCGAUCAAGGCGUACCUGAAGCGAAAGGCGAUAGGCGCUAACGCGGGCAACAAGACGCUGCACAAGGUGCUGGACAACACCGAGAUGCCGGCCGGCCUUAUUCUUAACUAUCGGCUGCCCAACGCGCCUGAUCAGCUUGCUACUCCUCUCCACGCCUCGCUCUUCCAGGAGCUCGCCGAGGUCUCGCUUGAGGAGCCCGAGUUUGGCUUUGACAACUACAUCCUGCUCACCCGCUCGUACCGGACCCGGACUGCGGCGGCGACGCUGGAUCCGGACGCGCCGCGGGCCAAGCGCAAGAAGCCGUCCACGACUGGCGACAUCCAGCCGUUCUACGUGGAGGAGGAACUGUACUUCAAGCAUGCGACGGCGCGGUACGAUUUUGAGGUUCUGGACGACUCGGUUGAGGGCAAGCUGACCCUCGACGCCGUCGUUGACGUUGUUGGCCACAUCCUGAUCAUUCCGGCCGACGCCAUCGGUGCCCUUGUGGCCGAGAUGGACGCGCUAGUGAGUGAGGCGCUUGAAGCACAGGUUGAGGACUUUUAG